AUGGGUGAGUACAUUAAGACUGAGAAGCGCACACUAGAGACUUCACCCUUAUACGAUCACGGCUCCCCGCAGUUAGCCACCGAAGUCGGUGUUGGACGGCACGUGGACCGCAAACAAGGACACGUUUCGUUGAAUUGGACUGGCGUGACUUAG